AUGACUGAGUCUGAGAAACAGGAGAAUGGCCAGAUCAGCGCCGAUGAGAUCGCUCUCUAUGAUCGUCAAAUCCGACUAUGGGGCAUGCAGGCGCAAGAGAAGAUCCGCUCGGCCAACAUUCUCUUGAUCACUGUGAAAGCCCUUGCGAAUGAAGUUGCCAAGAAUCUUGUGUUGGCAGGUAUCGGUUCUCUAACCAUCAUUGACCAUGAGCCGGUGACGGAGAACGACCUGGAGGGACAAUUCUUUUUGGAGGAAGUAUACCGUGAUAAAGAACUCAUCAAGCAAGGAAAAAAUCGCGCCGAGAUUGCCGGUCCUCAGAUCAAGCGCAUGAACCCACGAGUCAAGCUCACCAUUGACACCGAUGACGUCCGAAUAAAGCAACCUGAUUUCUUUGCCCAAUUUGAUAUCACAAUUGCAACGGAACUUGACUUCAGCACCAACGCAACCAUCAACGCAGCCUGUCGCCUUGCAAACCGCCCUUUCUACGCCGCUGGCCUUCAUGGACUCUAUGGCUACGUCUUCGCAGACCUCAUCUCUCACGACUUUGUGAUCGAGCGCGAAAAAUCUAAUGUGCCCCCGGCAACCCAAGAAACACCAACACGCAGCAUUGUGAAGGUCACCACUAAGCAAAAGGACAAGAAGACGGACAAGACAAUCGAACUAGUCACCAAGCGCGAAUCCUACUCGCCGCUUAUUCUGGCAAACACCUCGCCUCUUCCAGAGGACUUUACCCGUCUUCCCCGUCGCCGGAAACAGGUCACACCUCUUCUUAGCUGCCUGCGCGCGCUAUGGGGAUUCGAAAAGAUUUCCGGCGGCCGGCGCCCCACAAAUAACCACGCCGAUCUAGAACUCUUCACCAAGCUUGCAAGUGAAAGCCACCAGGAACUCAAACUCGACAUGAGAUCCCUAGACUCCAUUUUUCUGCGUAUGUUCCUCCAGAACCUGGGCAGCGAAUUGAGUCCCAUCGCUGCGUUCCUCGGUGGUGCACUAGCACAGGAUGUGAUUAAUGUUCUCUCUGCGCGAGAACAGCCAUUACAAAACAUGCUUCUUUUCGAUGGCGACAAGAAUGUCGGUCCUAUUUACCCUCUUCACCCGUUCUUUCCCGCCGACAUGAAUGUGGAGGCACUGGCUGCCGUGCCGCCGGUUUCCAAUCCCAUUCCCUUGGGGCAGCAGCCCUCUACUACUAUUCCAUUACGUAUGGAUGAUGCGCCUAAUAAGGCGUGA